UUCAGUGGCAUUCUGCGCGUGCUGGCGAGCGCAAUAUGAAUUAGUCAGCGGCGCUGCGCUAUAAUCGCUAUAUUCGCUAUAUUGGCUGUAUUUUCGGUAUAUUUGCUCGAUUCAGUGGCAUCCAUCCGGCUGAAGAAUCUGGAGUAACUGCUUGUAUCCAUAACUGCCACGAUGUCGCUCACGGGAACCCAGGACUACGAUCGCAAGUACCUGCUCAGCAUGCCGGGCCUGUGCAAGCUGGCCUGUUUGCUGUGCAGCUUUGUUGGAAUGCUGUGCAUCAUCUGCGGACCGGUGCGCGUGAGCAAUUUCCGCGGCAGCUUCUACCUGGCGGUGGUCACCAUCGGAUUCGUGGCCACCGGCUGCCUGCUCCUGGCCAGAUACCUGCGGCUGUGGCAGCGCCAGUUCUGCCGCUGCGAUCCCACACUCUGGUCCCUGGCGGUGCACUCCUCACUGGCCCUGGCCUACUUCGCGGCCUCCGGACUCGUCCUCUCCCUGGACAUUGGCGCCUACACGGCGGCGGCGUUCUUCGGCCUGACAGCAUUUUGCAUCAACGGACUGGAGGCCUAUGGAAACUAUAGACGCAGUCGCCAGCGGGAGGUGGCCACCCAGACGAUAUAGACUUGGCUUCAGCUUUUGAUGGCUCUUUCUACGUUAGGCUUACUAAGUGUGUGUGUGUGUAUGUGUAUUUGUGAGAGAGCGAGUAUCUGUGUGCGAACGCGUAUCUGUGAGCGCGUGUGCGUAUGUGUGUGUGAGUUUGAGAGAGCGAGUAUCGCUUGCGUUUGCUUGGAGCAUUUAAGUCUGAAGUUUGGAAUUGUGGCAAGCUUUUGUCGCGGGAACAGCACAGUUACCGUAUGUGUUAUCUAAUAGUCGCUAGAUAUAGGUCAAGAAGUGAAGAAGAUAAAGCCAGUCGAUCGGAGCAAUAACCUAGAUAUAAUAGCGAGCAGAAGGCGAGAGAAGCCACUAACAAUAACAAGAGAGCAAAUUCCAAAGAGAUAAGUUGUAUUGUGCCUUCUGGCUCUGCUUCUUCCCUUCCUCUGAUAACUGGUUAACAAAGUGUGAAUAUAUGUGAAUAUACAUAUGUAUAUACAACUGCAUACAUAGUUGUUUAUAUAUAGAUAUAUUUGUACAAAUUUUUUUUUACCUCUAUUAAGUGCAUAAUAUAUGCGUGUCACAAGUGAAGUAGUUAGUUUAAUAUCGAUCCGCAGCACAAUGCCUUUUCAUGACCACUGAAUUGUUGUAUUAAUAGACAUCUAAAUGUUUUGCAUUGGAAGAAUAAAAAAUAUCUAAAUGUAAUGUGUAAA